CAGAGAAUGAAUUUCUGACUGGAGACCUGAUCCUAUACAAAGGUGCUGGACUUGAAUGUUGUAUUAUUUAGGAAAGAAGGUAUGAUAAUCAAGUACAUCACAGCUACAUAGCCCCUUUUGUGAAAUUUAUAUUCUACUUUGGGAAGAUAAAUAAAAACAAAACAAGAAGAAGUAUAAAGAGUGACACAGGAGGAUGUACAUACAGUGCAUGCAGUAGGUGGAGAAUAACUGACUCAUAAACAUCAUCAGAGAGGAUCCAUGAGAGAGCAGCGAUUGGAGCAAAAUUUGAAUGGAGUAGAAACAUUCCUUACUGGCUAUUCCCUUUAGUGAGAGGCCAUUGAAGAUGUCACAUGUUAGAAAGCUGCAACCAAGAGAGAGAUCUGUAGUCAUGAAACCCUCAUAGGAAAAACAUGUCAAGAGAGAGAUCUGUAGUCAUGAAACCCUCAUAGGAAAAACAUGUCAAGAGGACUUCAUCAAGCUUUUAUCUCAGACAACUGGGGAGAAGAGGAAUCUUCAGAACUGGUUUCCACAGUGGGUGAAUUGAGUUAAAUUAUUUUCAUGAGGCUCCAAGGAUUACUUUUUAACAGUUGGCAUUGACAGCAUGCAGCAGGGUCCUUUUCUUCAUUGGAUGAGACUUGCAGUUGGAUCUCAAGUGACACUGUUUCACUUUGUUUGAAGAGUAAGGUGAAAUACAAUUUCAAAAUGUCAUACUUGGAGAAUAACACUCAGGUGACUACAUUUAUACUUUUGGGAUUGACUGACAACCCAGAGCUGCAAGUCCCUCUGUUCAUAACGUUCAGUCUCAUCUAUCUUAUCACACUGACUGGUAACCUGGGCAUGAUUGUGUUAAUCUGGCUGGACUUUCGCCUCCACACCCCUAUGUAUAUUUUCCUCAGUCACCUCUCUCUGGCAGACUGUGUUUACUCCUCCGCUGUGACUCCAAAAGUGAUGGCUGUGUUUCUCACAGGGGAUAAAGUUAUCUCCUAUGGAGGGUGUGUUGCUCAAAUGUUCUUCUUUGUGGCUUUUGCCAGUGUUGACUGUUUCCUCCUUGCUGUCAUGGCUUUUGACAGGCAUGCUGCAGUGUGCAAGCCCUUACAUUAUACCACAACUAUGACUGCUAGAGUGUGUGCUCGCAUGGUGAUUGCCUGCUACACCUGGGGUUUGUUUGAGUCUGCUAUACAUACUGGAUUCACCUUCUCCCUCCCCUGCUGUGCUAAUGUGGUCCAUCACUUUUUCUGUGAUAUACCUCCAAUCCUAAAUCUUUCUUGCUCUGAUAUCUAUGUGAAUGAGAUUGUGCUCUUUAUCUUAGCUUCAUUCAAUGUCUUCUUUGCUCUUAUAGUUAUCUUGACCUCCUAUGCAUUUAUAUUUAUUGCUAUUCUGAGGAUGCGUUCAGCAGAAGGACGGAAGAAGGCCAUCUCUACUUGUGCAUCCCACCUCACUGCUGUCACCAUAUUCUAUGGAACUGUAAUCUUCAUGUACCUACAACCCAGUUCUAGUCAUUCCAUGGACAGUGACCAAAUGGCAUCUGUUUUCUAUACCAUAGUAAUUCCCAUGUUGAACCCAGUUGUCUAUAGCUUAAGGAAUAAAGAAGUUCAUAAUGCUUUCAAGAAAGUUGUUGAGAAAAUGAAUGCUUUGUUGAACUCCUGAUUAAAAAAAUAGAUUAUAUAUUUUAUUGAAAAUAUCUGAGUGAUGAUUUUGAAAAAUAUGUUGAUAAAAUAUUAAACAUUUCACCUAAGUA